AAACAACACACAAAAUGUGAUCAGACUAAACCAGACCAAACCAUCUUUAUCAUUUGCAUCUUUGUGUUAAGUUUCUUGAUCAGGGUCUGUAAAGUGGCAAGCUUUCUUGGUUUCUUUGUCUCUUUAUAUUGUAUGUGUGUGUGUGAUGUUUAAGCUUAUAGAUAAGAAAGAAAAGAUGACUGUGGGUAAUGUGGAGGGUGGUGAGCAAAAUUUUGGGAUGUUUUUGAAUGAAAGUUAUCAUGUUCUUGAUCAAAACUUUCAUCAGAAUGGUUUUAAUGGUUGUUUUCCUGGUGGGUUUUUUGUUUCUGGAUCGUCGCCAUCAUCAUCAUCAUCUGAGACUGAGGCUCCAUUUGGGAUUCAAAGCCCUAUAGGCAAUAUCCCAAAUGGGCUUGUUUUGGAUGAUGAUUCUGGCUUGUCUGAUAAUCUUGCAAAAAUGCAUAUUGGUGGUAGCAAGAUUUUGGGGUUUAGGCCAGAUGGUUUUGGGUUGAGUAAUCAGCAUUUUUAUAAAAAUGGUGAUUUCAAUGUUGGUGGUAGUGCUUAUAGUGUUGAUCAGUCUGUCCCAAGUGAAGGGUGUUUUCAGUCUUUUGUUGGUGGGUGUUCUCAGGGUUCUUAUGAGCAGAACAAGGGUGCAUUGGUUGAGUUUCCGCAAGGAUAUAGCAUGGGGAGUCAGGGUCAUGGCCAUGGGGCAAGGGGUUAUGGUUUGGAGCUAAGAAAUGAGCAAGGUAGAGGGUUUUUUAAUGGGGGGAUUUGUUUGCAGGACACUUCUUUGAACAGGCCUCGUUUUAAUGAUCCUUUGUGUGAUGUGGAUGGGAUGAGAUUCUUGAGGCCACAAGAUGUUUGUGGUUUUGAGGAUGGUAGAGUGGUUUUUGGUGCUGAAAAUCCAACAUGUGUUAGGAGGCAAGAGGUUGGAGGUGUUCCGAGCUUUACAAGCAAUCCUGUGGUGUUGUCAAUGCCUAAUGCAGGUGGUAUAGGUAUUUGUAAUGGGGGGAUUCAGUUGCAAAACCCGUGUUUCAAUAAACCUCACUAUAAUGAUCCUCUGUAUUAUUUACAAGGAGGAAGUUUCUUGAAGUCACAGGGUCCUUAUGGGGUUGAAAAUCCUCAGUUGGUUUUUAGUGAAAAUCCAAUGUAUGUGAAUGGAAGAACUACUAGAGGUGUGCCCGGCUGUAAUGUUGAUCCAAUGAUCUUGUCGAUGCAGAAUGCAGGUGGUAUAGGGGGUUUUGGUUAUGAGAACAGCUUAGUUUUAGAAGGAAAUGGAAUGAAAUAUGUUGCUGACAAGCACUGUGAUUACUUGAGGGGUCUGAAGAAGAGUUCCUCCAAUGGGAACUCAUUUGAGAACCAGCAAGAAAGCAGAAAGGAGUUACGUAAUCAAAACCAUUCUGAAGAAGUUCAUGACAAGGAUUCGAGGCUGUUUUCUAACCCAAUGCCUAUAGUACCAUCAUAUGGCUCACUUUCAGAACUUAGAGGGGGUAUAUACCACAUGGCCAAGGAUCAGUUAGGUUGCCGCUUUUUACAAAAACAAAUAGAAGAGGGCAGUCCUCAAGACGUGCAGUUGAUAUUUAAUGAAAUAAUUGAUCAUGUUGUUGAACUUAUGAUAAAUCCGUUUGGUAAUUACCUCAUUCAGAAAUUGAUAGAUGUCUGCAGUGAAGAUCAGAAAAUGCAAAUUGUUCACAUGGUAACUGAUGAUCCUCGAGUGCUUGUUAGAAUUUGUUCGGACAGACAUGGUACAUGCUCGAUGCAGAAACUGAUAAAGAAUCUCAAAACAAAGCAGCAAAUUACGGCACUUACACUGGCACUUGAACCAGGUUUCCUUGAUCUUAUAAAAGAUGUCAACGGAAAUCAUGUGCUGCAGUGUUGCUUGAAGUGCCUUGGGCACAACUACAAUAAGUUCCUUUUUGUUGCUGCUACUAAGUAUUGUGUUGAGAUUGCAACCCACCGCCAUGGAUGCUGUGUUUUGAAUCAGUGCAUUGCUCACUCAACUGGGAAGCAUAGAGAAAAGCUAAUUGCAGAAGUUUGUUUAAAUGCACUUAUGCUUGCUCAAGAUUCCUUCGGAAAUUAUGUCGUUCAGUAUGUGGUAGAGCUUAAGAUCCCAGCAGCUGCUGCGACUAUGCUUUCACAGUUAGAAGGGCAUUUUGUGUACCUCUCAAUGCAGAAGUUCAGCAGCCAUGUAGUUGAAAAAUGUCUAAAAUUUUCUGAAGAGAGCCGUCCAAAGAUCAUAGCUGAAUUUCUGUCUGUACCUUACUUUAACCAGUUGCUUCAAGAUCCAUUCGCCAAUUAUGUUGUUCAAUCUGCAUUAGAAUUUUCCAAGGGCCCUCUUCGUGCUGCACUAGUCGAAGCUGUUGGAGCACAUUCCCUCCUUCGCACCAGUCCAUAUUGCAAGAAGAUAUUUUCCCGCAACCUCCUGAAGAAGUGAUGUAGUUGUUUAUGGUGACGUGUUGUUGUUCCUCAGACCGUAACUAUGUUAAUUACUUAACCUUGUGGAUGUCUGUGACAAUUUUAGAUCUGCCAGUCUCUUUUUUUUGGGCCAAACAAGUUUGUUGUGCACAGGUGCAGUACUUAUAUUAGGAGCUUCUUACCUAUCCAUCAACAUUUGUAUGGUUUUGUUUGUGCCAAUAAGCUGUAGCUUAUAAGUCUAGGAGUUCGUUUGUGUGGGUUUUAUGUCGGUGCUUAAAGCUGUUUAUGACUUUAAGAUAGAAAAAUGUAUGUUUUUGUAAUAAUUAGAAACUCACUCAAAGCUAGAAAUUAGUUUGAGAUA